AUGAGUCCAAAACCGGGAUGUCCUCUCGGCGUAUCCCGCAUCACGAACCAGCUGUACGUAUGUGGAGCCCACGCGCUUCCCGGCGCUGUCAAGGCUCUAAGGCCUGGCCUGAUAGUCAGUGCAGCUCCAGAACUGCCCCCGCCUCCAGAAGACUAUGUUCCCAGGCAUUUUGUGCCACUGCUGGACACACCCAACUCUGACAUGCACCCUUACAUGGAACGCGUGGCCGACCUGAUCAAUGAGGUAGCGACAAAAGGCGAUAUUGUCCUAGUGCACUGUGUGGCAGGCGUGUCGCGAUCAGUCACGCUCUGCCUGGCGUAUCUCGUCAAGUGGCAGCGCAUGACCCUGAGAGACGCGUACCACCACAUGAAACAAAGGCGACCACAAAUUCGGCCAAACACUGGAUUCUUCAAACAGCUGAUCAAAUACGAAGAACGGUUGUUCAGCGAAGCCUCCGUGAAGAUGGUCUACUGUGAAGCCAUUGAUAAGGAAAUUCCUGACGUCUACGAACCAGAUUAUAGGGGGAUGACAUGGUUCCGACAGCGGUACGGGCCUAUUGAGAAGAGUUGA